GCGUCAUCACCACGCGCCUCCUCCAGCCGCAGCAGCGUGACAGAAACAUGUCGGAGUUUCACGUGACGUUUAAACUCUGAUUAAUUAAACACGCACGCGACACUAACGACUGUCCGCGAGGCAGGCUGCAGCCUGUGUCCACGUGCAGGACUCCGCGGUGAGGUAGCGUCGUUACUCGUUACUUUUAGGUAGUUUAGCUUCUGGCUGCUAACGGCUGCUAACAGCAUGGACGGCGCGGAGGAGCUCGAGCUGCACGGAGACGAAGAGAUCAUUGAAGUGAUCGAGCUGAACGAGCAGGAGCCCGGACCAGAUGAUUUGGCCGAUGACUUGGGCGACGUCGACUUUGAAGACCCCGGGAACGCGGACGAUGAAGGCUGGGAGACCGAGGACGAGAUGGAGGCUGAGGCAGAGCAAGACGACAGCGAGUUCACCUUCUCCAGACACAACGGCUCGGUGUUCUGCGUGAGUUUGGACCCUGCGACAAACAGCAUGGCGGUGACGGGAGGGGAGGACGAUAAGGCGUUCGUCUGGAGGCUGAGCGACGGAGAGGUUCUGCUGGAGUGCACAGGUCACAAAGACUCCGUGACGUGCGCCGUGUUCAGCCACGACUCAUCCCUGGUGGCUUCGGGCGACAUGAGCGGCAUGAUUAAAGUUUGGAAAGUGGAAACCAAAGAGGAGAUCUGGUCCUUCGAGGUGGGAGAUCUGGAGUGGUUGGAGUGGCAUCCCUGCGCUCCGGUGCUGCUGGCGGGAACAGACGACGGCAACGUGUGGAUGUGGAAGAUCCCUUCAGGAGACUGUAAAACCUUCCAGAGCUCGGCGUGCCAGGCCACCAGCGGCAAAGUCCUCCCCGAUGGUAAACGAGCUGUGGUCGGUUACGAGGACGGGACGGUACGCGUGUGGGAUUUAAAGCAGGGCAACGCCAUCCACGUCAUCAAAGGUCAGGACGGACACAAGGGGGCGCUGACCUGCCUGGCGUGCAACAAGGACGGCUCUCUGGUGCUGACGGGCUCGGUGGACGGCUGCGCCAAACUCAUCAACACAGCCACGGGGAAGGUGGUCGGGUCGUUCUCCGCGGACGGAGGCAAAGCUAAAGGAUCGAAGGACGACGAAGAGACCAACUCGGUCGAGUCAGUGGGAUUCUGCAACACGCUUCCUCUCAUAGCCGUGGCGUACCUGGAAGGGACUCUGGCCAUAUACGACCUCUCCACACAGGUGCUGAGGCACAAGUGCCAACACGAGGCCGGCAUCGUUCACCUGCAGUGGGAGGAGUCUUCGUCCGUGGUGUCCACCUGCUGCUUAGACGGAGCGCUGCGCCUGUGGGACGCUCGCUCCGGCAACAUGGUGUCCGAGUACCACGGCCACACCGCGGAGAUCCUCGACUUCACCAUCAACAGGGAAGCGUCCGUCGCUGUAACGGCGUCAGGAGACGGCCAGGCGAAGUUGUUCUGCCUCCAAAGACCUGAUCGGUAAAGCGAGAAGAAGAUGACGAGAGAUUUCAGGAGAAACAGCAACGGACUUUUCACAAUCAGACUUUUUCCUCCCCGUCUCCUCCUCAGGAUUUUUAAAACUCAACGCUCUCUCCCCGUCUCACAUUUCCACGUCUGAUUCUUUCAAACAAACCGCUCCUGGUCACUUUCUUUAAGUGCGCUCUUGUUCGAGAGACUAAACAGAGACGAAUUCAAAGAGUGAUCGAUUACAGCGCGCUGCCUUUGACGUGUCUUUUAAUGUUCUGCCCAAUUUUUAAGACAACACAGAAAAGAGAAUUUCCCUUUGAUCCCGAUCAUCAUCUUUCCCGCAACUGGAGUUUGUUGUUCCCCCUCCAGGCUGCGUGUGUUUGUGUUCACACAGAUUGUUCGAUCAGGAAUCAUCUUAAAUGUUUCCAUGUAAACUCAAAUGUAAAUACAGAAGAAUAAAUUAUAUACUUACUUCUGAGUAAGCAUGAAAAAUGA